UCAGCUGUUCAUCACAACAACAACGCUCAAGCCGCUCCGCAGCAGCAACAACAAGAAGAUUGUAAUCAAGUUAACAGUUAUUAGGGGGCUACCUGGCGCCCGUUCGCCAAAAACUCCCCGCAGUUCCAAUGCGCCCAACGAGCGGUAAGCAGCAGCAGCAGCAGCAGUAGCAGCGGCGGUCCAAGGCAACAAGAACAAUAGAAGAAAGAGAGAAGAGAAGGUCGCCCACAACCCAAUGUGGCGAAUGCGGAGAGAGCGAACUUCGAGAGAGCCAGCUAAUUGAUUCCCAGAGGCAGCCACUACUGAUAUAAUCGAUCUUGAAAAGAACACACAAGAGCGUGCACGUUAGAUCCGCGAUCGGAGUCGUCGUCGUCGUCGUCGUCGUUGCCUUAGAACCGGAUUAACUAGCAUUUCCCGCGGAACCUUCAUCCAUUGCGAAGCCAUGGCUAUCAACGUAAAGGCCCUGCUGGGCAUGCUGUUCGUGUUCAUCGGCUGCUGCAGUAACGUGGUGUUCCUCGAACUAAUCAUCCAAAUCGAUCCCGGUGCAGGCAACCUGAUCACCUUCGCCCAAUUCCUGUUCAUUGCCCUGGAGGGUCUCGUCUUCACCUCCAAGUUCUUUACAGUGCGUCCAAAGAUCGCCCUGAAGGACUAUGUGAUUUUGGUGGCUUUGUUUUUCGGUGCAAAUGUCUGCAAUAAUUACGCCUUCAACUUUAACAUUCCGAUGCCGCUGCACAUGAUCUUCCGCAGCGGUUCGCUGAUGGCCAACAUGAUCAUGGGCAUAAUCCUGCUAAAGAAGCGCUACAACCUGCGGCAGUACAGCUCGGUGGCCAUGAUCACGGCGGGCAUUGUUCUGUGCACCCUGGUCUCCAGCGGCGAUGUCAAGGACAAUACGCACCAUACGCUGCGGGUGGAGACGGCAUACUCGGACUUCUUCUGGUGGGCCGUGGGCAUUGGCCUGCUGACGAUUGCCCUGCUGGUGACCGCCUAUAUGGGGAUUUACCAGGAGGUGAUAUACAAGCGCUAUGGCAAGCAUCCAAACGAGGCGCUCUUCUACACGCACAUGCUGCCGCUGCCUGGAUUCCUGGUGAUGGCCAGCAACAUUGUCCAGCACUUUGGCAUUGCUUUGUCCUCCGAACCGGUGGCUGUUCCUCUGCUCGGUGCCAUCGGCUUAGAGUGGAAGUUCCCUUUGAUGCUGUUCUAUUUGCUGUGCAAUGUGGUCACCCAGUAUGUGUGCAUUAGCGCCGUUUAUGUGCUGACCACCGAGUGUGCCUCGCUGACCGUCACCCUGGUGGUCACGCUGCGCAAGUUCGUCUCCCUGCUGUUCUCCAUCAUCUAUUUCCGGAAUCCCUUCACCCUGAACCACUGGCUGGGCACCGUUUUGGUCUUCUUUGGCACCAUACUCUUUGCCAACGUGAUCAACCAGGUGCGCGAUGCCUACAAGGCGCGUUCGGGCGGCAAGGGUCGCUUCGACACGGCUCCGCCGCCAAAGAAGGUGGAGUAAUCAUCUCCCGGUAGCUGCUGCUGAGGCCAUUAGCCAUUAAUUUAUAGUCUGUAAAGCCUUGUUUGUAUAUAAAAUAAGUUUUAAUUCGGAAUACGCUUAGUCUUAGCCAAGCUCCCGUCUCAAGUCUGUGGCUUAAUGUUGUUUUACCUUUGUCCGUCUCAAGUUUAUAUAUUUAAUGUCUUUUGCAAAUGGUUGUUUAUUGAGUUUGUUGUUUAUAAAAUGUCCUAAAGUGUGUAAUGUACAGAGUUUGUCCAAAGCUUUAACAGGGAGAGUAUGCCAAAGGGAUACUCAUUUUUUUCUAGGCCAUAAAAUUUAUAUACUUUCGAUUUUUGCUAAAAUAAAUCAAUAAAAAUUU